UCUUCGCUUAAUCCUCAACUUGAUACUAGUAUCCUAUUUCACCACUCUCCGUUGUACAACUUGAUACGUUUCACUAUCAGCAACACGUCUACCUGUAUUCGCGUACCUAUUCACAAUGCACAAAUAUAUGUAAAAGCUGAAAAAAGGCGG